AUGUCUGUCAAAGGGAAGGAGAACGUCCAUCCUUCAGCGCAGACCAUGGAUCUGUCGUCGCUGGCGGAUAAGCCGAUGGAGGAGCAGCUGUCCACCAUCGAUGGUAUGGACCUGAAGCAGAUUGAUUCUGCUCAGAGACUGAUAUCGUCGAAUUAUAAGCAGUUUGCUCGGGAGCUGAUCCACUCCAAGCUGAAAAGACUGCACUCGUACGUCGAGAGGAUCGACUCGAUACAACAGCAAUUGCACAAGGACUCGGCGGCUUUUGAGCGGAUUGUUGAGGAUGAGCUGAACAAGUCCCUUCAAUUGCAUGCGCAGUUUAGCACCGAGCCUUCUGCGAACGAGAUUGCCAAAAGGCGGAAACUUAGACCGGAACCUUCGUCGCCACCGCCAGAGCUGGAGGUAUGGCCUGUAUUGCCGAAAGUGCCUAUAUUUGAAGAGUCGUUCAACAAGGCUCUGAAACCGUUCGACGAUUCCUUAGGUGCCAUCAAGAAGAGAUUCGAGUUGCAGGCGAAGAAAAUCGAAGACGACGCACACAGAAAUAGGGAGCUGGUAUGGAGGCAGAGCAUUAAAGAUCGUAUUGAUCUUCGAAACCGGAAGAGACAAUUCAUAGCCAAGAACAUGUACAGCUUACAGAGAGAUUACGAUAAUGUUGAUAAGAAUUUGAAACUUCAUCUGUUGGAAAACAGGUAUAGAAGCUCAAUGAGGAAAGUUGGCGAGAAGAAGUCAAAAUCGGACUUUUCGAUCAUAGUGGAGACGCCUAAUCUUAAGAGAAAGAAUUAUAACUACGUGGGGAGAGAGUUGAACUCAUUUCUAUCACAUGCGUCUCGACAAGAGAUCAACAACGACCUGUGUGAAAUAUCGAAGAACAACGUCAAGGUGGAGAAAAUCGAGGCAAAUUAUCUCUAUAUGGAACAGCCAUUAAAGAAGAAUGGGGCUACAGGGCCAACUACUAUGACAGACUUGGUGAAUAGCGAUUUGGAAUUCAAGGGCACAAGUUAUAUACCUGGCACUCUGAUGGGCUCGUCACCGGGGGCAACGUUUCAGCAGAUUCUGCAACAACAACAAUCUGGGCUCAUCCAAGCGCAGAACGGUCAAUAUCCAUCAAACCAACCUUUGAACUACUAUAUGGACUCGUACGCCGGAAUGGCACCACCGAGUAUUUUCCCACCACCUUAUCCACCGCAGAUGGACAUGCCAAUGGUCCCAAUGCCGCCUGUCCUACCUCAGUACUAUAACAACAACGAUGUGGGUAAUCAAUCAGCAGAUUACAACAUGCGUCACGAGCAACAUCCUAGUCUACAGUCUCCAGACUCUGAGAAAUCGUACGCAACUACAGCCAAAGAAAAAUGA